AUGAAUUCAAGAAUUCGUUCAUUUGACAAACAGACUAUGCUACAGUUCACUUCUCUUGGUGUCUGGUGUGUUCUGAUUAUAUUUCUCCUUACAAUUAAACCAUGUUCUGGUAUUAAAAGUAUAAUAUCGAAUCCAGUGUAUCGAACUCGCUCAUCAAAUAAAGUUGACGCACUGUACGAGAAUGAAUGGCGUGAGAUUCCUAAACGAUCUGUGAGUGUGUUUGGUGCGGUGAGAAAUAAUACCCUGUCUGGUCAAGAUAAGUUGCGCACACCUGUCAUGAACACGAUUCUUAGUCCGACUGGAUUUCAAUUCGUUGGAAGAGAUGAUGGAUCUUCAUUGUAUUCUGCAUUGGAGAAUAAAGUCUCAUCACAGAGGCAGGAACAACCGCAAUCUCAGCCAAUCUCAAAACGGAUUACAGAGGAGGAAUCAGAGAAAUUCACUGGUAAUCUAGAUGACUCUGAUAGUAGUCAUUUCAAAAAUAAUCCAUCGGUGAAUGAACAGUUGAGUCGUGAACAAUAUCCCAUCUGGAAUCUGCGGGCGAAAAAUGGUCUUUAUCGUGGUCGACAAGCUGUAUUAACAUCAGCAGCAGAACCACCACCACCACCACCAGCGAGAACUCCCUCACUGCUCACACCAUAUGCCACAGGUGUACCUCACGCAAAUCGGAGGAAUCUUUUUUAUCCGAAAUAUACAACAGGUCUGAAUACACCGGUUCAACAGGAUACACGUUGGCGAAGAACCUCACUAUUUUCACUGCCAUCAUCGAAUAUGCUUCGGUAUAACGGAUUGCCGAUGGAAUAUCCAUUGAACUUGCGAAUUCGAGGUACUCAGCCUCAAUCAAGAUUCAUUUUCAGACAACUACCUCGCAUCCCUGUUGCAAGACAGUAUGUGCAGUCCAACCAACUUCAGCCGGAAGUGAGUAGAAAAUUGCAACCGUAUGGACAAGUGGUGACGCCACAGAAUAACACGAUAAAUCCUAGAAGUCUUUCGAAUAUAAAUCGCAAUGAUGGAAUAAGAAGAUUAUUUGGGUAA